CUUUAUUAUUCUUUCACGGUCUCAAUACGCCAAAUCUCUGUUUCUUCAUUCGGACAAAACACAUCUAAUCUCAAGUCAAUGUUUUGUCUUUAGAUACUAUCUUUACUCUCUCUCAAUGUCUCUAGGACGGUCAGAGUUCGCCGACGGCGUAGCAGCCCGGAGUCUCAGCGAGAUCUCAGAAGUUGACGCCGUAAGAAUCGGAGCUGAUAUUGUAUCUGCGGCGAGACGUCUCAUCGCACUUUUAAGGUCUGUCGGAGAUUGUCAAUGGCUUCAUCAUCCACCUGUUAUCUCUGAAGCUAUUAGAAGGUAUGAUGAGCUUUGGAUGCCGUUGGUUUCUGAUCUAACGGUUGGUUUGAAGCCUCCUAUGAUUUUGCCUCCUAUAGAUAUUGAAUGGGUUUGGUUUUGUCAUACUUUGAAUCCAGUGAGUUAUAGGGAUUAUUGUCAAAAGAGAUUCUCGAAACUUAUAGGGAAGCCUGCGAUUUACGACGAAGAGAACGAGAAUUACGCGGUUUUACAAUGCGAAAAGGUUUGGGUUUUACGGUACCCAUUGGAGAGUUUUGAGAACAGAGCUGAUCUUGAUUCAGUUGAGACUGUUUCUUCAGUGAAUGAAGAUGUGAAAAGUCUAGUAGAGAAGCAGAGGUUUCUUUGGGAGAAGUUUUCAUCUCCUUAUAUGUCUGAAACCGUAUACUUGAUCGCUGCUCGGUUACGUUACAAGGGGUUUUUGUUGAUCCUACACAAGUUUAAAGACGAGAUUUCUCGGCUUAUUCCAGCUUCUGAUAUACUUCUUAUGUGGUUGACACACAAGAGUUACCCGACGGUGUAUAAAGAAGAUGUUGAUGAAAUGUUGGAGGAUAUGACGCGAAAAGUGGUACGAGUUGGGGAAGCUGUAGAGAAAAGUGAAGUGGAAACAACGAAAAGACUAUGGGAUAGGUACUUUAAUCAACCAUAUGAGAAGGCUGGAGGUGAAUUGACGGUAAUAGCGAAUGAGUCCCGUCUUAGUAGCAAUACAGUGUUUUAUUGGCCUGUCUCGGAUAUGGACAUUAACACCGCGUAUAAGUCUAUUCGACCUAGAUUUGUUUUGGAAUUAUGUAUAUUUAUAAGGCUGAAUCCAAAAGCAGAGAGGAAUGAGUCUAUUGAUCGAAGUUUUCUUCGUUUGAGAGUUGCUAGAUGUCAUAGGAAGCUGCAACUAGAUAAGAAAAUGAGCGAUUUUUCUCGCGAUUCGUCAUGGCAGAAGGGGUGGCAUCUUUACUGCGAGUUCGGGACAUUAGGGGUUGUUUUGGAAUCACAUUGUGACCGUCCUCGUGGGAUUUGCUUCAGAAGUGGAAAACCGGAAGGGAUGAUUGAGUUUCCGUGGAAUGAUCUGUUAAGAGCACAUUCACUAGCAUCUGGUAGGUUUCUCGGGAAGCAAGUAAGUGUGUUUGCUUCGGUUACUCCCCCGGUUCAAGCUCCUUACUUGCUGAGAUUUGUACCGGAUCGAGUUACCGAUGAUUCAGGUGCUAUGAUAUCUGAUUCAGUUCAAAGAACUAACAAUUUCCGGCCUCAAGAAGGAAGAUGGCUUACACGGACCGUGCUUGAUCAUGCUGGUCGGGAAUGUUUCGUUAUCCGCAUCCGAGUAGGAAAGGGAGUGUUUAAACGCGGAGGUGAAGUUCCAUCCCCGGUUAAAUCAGAGGAGCGGAUAACAGAGAUUCGAGUAGGUUCUUGGUCUUAUAUCGAGGGUUCAAUCGGUAAAGCUCCAGCAAAGGUAGUUGGAACCGUGACGCCUAAAGAAUCAGUUGAGGAUUGGGAAGCUGCUUGGGAAUUUUCGACUGGAGACGAAUUGCGCAUCCGCAUAGACUCAUCAGGAGCUAUCUCAGAACUUGGUCUAUAUUCAAGAAACCCCGGUUCGAAGGUUCGGCUAUUAACUGGACGGAGAAUGCAAUAUAAAGGAGAAGGUGAAGAAGACGAGGAAGGUUUUGUAACAUUGGUUAGAUCAACAGAAGAAGAUCCAACAGAAAAAGCAACUGCUCUAAUCGACUGGAAGCAUCAAGCCGUGGAAUUUCUACCCGAGGAAGAUGCGGUUUUCGUCUUGCUAUUGUCUGUAUCGAUUCUAAGGAGCGUAACACAGAGAAGAAGGGAAGAUGUUGGUAAAUUGUUGGUGCGGAAAAGGAUAACCGAAGCUACCGGUGAACGGGAUUGGGGAUCAGUUAUCGUCGAUGCUUCAUCGUCAAAUGUAUCUUCUUCUGCUAGUCCAUACGUAGAACCAUGGUAUCGAAACUCCGGUAAGGUUAUGGCUAUGGAGGAGAAAGCACAAGUUGCAAGAUAUCCGUAUCCUGUUAUGAGCUAUUCUAACGUUGAUGGUGGUGAUAGUUUAUACAAACACGUAAUAUUUGGGUGAAACUACAAAGAAAUUGCAUUAUUUAGUUAGAUGGAUUUGAUGUAACCAAAGUUUAUACAAUACUUGGGAUGUCUUUUAUCAAUUAUACUGUUUUGCUCAAUAUUUUGUAAAUUAGCUAUCAACGUAUCUA